AUGGACGAGCUCAGUGUCGCUUUCCGCGCUCUUAGUCUGCACGGCCCCAGCUUCUUCCGGAUCGUUGACUUGCCUCUCAGCUUGACCGUCUUGUUGCGCUACGCCCAUUACCAGAAGUUUUCGCGGUUCGUGAAGACUCUGUCGAUCAGCGGCGAAACUGGUCCACCUUCGACGACCUACGCUGGCAUACCUGCAUCGACCGUGGAAGAUAUGCUCACCGAGGCGCUUCGGAGUUUCGCGAAUCUGGAGACCAUUCGAAUAGAUACUUAUUCGUACCUACAGACACGCUAUCUUUCUCCGGAAUCGAUCGGUCUUCGUUGUGGCCCAGAAAGGCUCGAUAUGACACAAUGUUCUGGCGACUUUACCGUUCUCGGCCACGUGUUUCUUGUGGUCAUAGAGUCCGCCAAACGAGCCAAGCUUUGUGAUACGAUCCACCUAGACUUGAACUUGCGUUUCCAAAAUUUUCCCAGUCUCCUCUUCUCGCCUGUACCUUAUGAGCUUUUCGACCCUAGUUUGCCUUCUUGGAAGGACCUUCUAUCAUCCAGGGUCCGCAAGGUUAUACUUACUACUGGAAGCAGUGGUAAAUGGGCUCACCGCAUUGCUGCUUCGUGCUCGUCACUGCAGGAACUCAGUCUGCUUCCUCGUCGUGGAGAGAUCAGGUUUGACAACGCCCAAGGUGGCUUGCAUGUUUGGCCGCACCUUCGGUCUCUGACUAUCAUCAGUGGUAUUAUCCGCAUCAAGAAUACUGUCCUCAACGACUUCUUCAAGGCCCACCAGGGUACCCUUGUCUCCGUCACACUAAACCUGUCCAGUGCUGGAACCAUGUUGCAACGGGAGGCCGACACUAAGUCUUGA